CGAAGACAAAAAAUGUCAAUCACUCUCCUCGUCUACCCAACCGCACCAGCAUCACUCUCCACGCCGCAUUUCACGCCAGAGGUCCUCGCAUCUCCCACCUCUAACCUGGCAUGCGAUAUUAUUGUCCUCACGCUUGGAGGCACGCAUGAUGGCGCGCCUGACGAAAAGGAAGCAUGCCAAGAGAUUGCGGUUCGGAUUCGCAAAGAACAGGGCAAAGGUGUUUUCAUUAUAUUGUGGAGUGAACAAGUCAGCCAAAGUGCCAUAGAAAGAACACGAUGGCAAAAGAUUGGUAUCAACAUGAUCACUUGCAUCCCAACGCACCUCACCAGUGUUCUCUCCACUCUCCACACCCUCCUUACUUUAUCACCCACCAAUACAAUGUAUCCAUGUCCCCACUGUCCAGCAUGUCUUCCCCUCGAAGCCCUCCAAAUCCAUUUACCCCUCUACCAUACCCAAGAACCUAAUCGCAAAUCUUCUUGUCCCAUCUGCGGAGCCCACCCACGGUUUUUGGCUGUACAUGUUCAUACGCACAACACAGAGCCCGGACACCGCUUGCCGCUCUUUGCACUUGUGGUGUGUAUAAAGGACAAUAAAGUCCUUUUAGUGGAUGAGGUAGCAGGGCAGGGAUGGUGGAUUCCUGGUGGGGGCGUCGAUCCAGGUGAGGAUUUCUGUGAGGCGGCCACGCGGGAGGUGUGGGAAGAGACGGGGAUGGAAGUCGAAUUAAAAGGGGUGCUGAGGAUCGAAGUGUCGCCAGGAGAGGGAUACCCGAGAAUGAGAGUGAUCUUUUAUGCAGAGCCAAUAUCCACUAGCCCGCCACCCAAAUCCAUACCUGACUAUGAAAGCGCUGGAGCUUGCUUUGUUUCUCCAACAGAACUGGAUUCCCUUCCCCUCCGAGGACGCGAGCCCGUCCUCUGGUGCACCUACCUCCAACAAGGCGGGAUCAUCCAUUCGUUGAGUGUAAUGGGUAAAGAGUGGGCGCGACCUGCUAUCGGAUCUUGAAUUAUCAUACUUGAAGCAAUGAUAAUAGGACAGAGUUCAAGGGACUGGUCAAAGGGCAGGUUUUGGGAACGUUUUAAAAGACUCUUUACAUGUAUUACAUCCAUCAAUAGUACAAAUGCAACUGAUAUAUUGGGUCGGAUUAUCCCAAAGUCCCGCAUCAAUUAU